CUUCUGUUCGUCUAAAGAUCUCGACCGCCCACAGCAAGGCGACAGUUAGCACUACCAGUGAAGAUGGCGGUUUGCGUUCGAGCAGUCUUUGCUGCGGUGGUGGUCUUCACAGCCCACCUAACGCUGUGUGUGGCGCAGGACGUGUACGUGACGGUGCAGCAGGGCAGGCUGAGAGGCGCCGUGGAGACGAGCGCGCUGGGCCUGCCCUACGCCAGCUUCAGGGGCGUGCCCUACGCACAGCCACCCGUCGGGGAACUACGCUUCCAGGCACCGCAGCCCCCGGCCAGCUGGGAGGGCGACCGCGAUGCCUUGGAGCAGCCAUCCUCCUGCGCGCAGAACAUGGGUCAGCGCUACGAGGGUUCCGAGGACUGCCUCUACGUCAACGUGUUCGUCCCUUACAACGCGUCAGGACCUUUUCCUGUGCUUACAUGGUUUCCUGGAGGCGCCUUCAAAGGCGGGUCUUCGGCAAACGUGGGUCCAGACCUCUUUCUGUCGCAAGACAUCAUUGUAGUCGCUGUCCAGCCACGAGUUGGAGCAAUGGGCUUGCUGAGCACUGGUGACGACGUGAUCCCUGGGAACGCCGGCAUGAAGGACAUGGUGAUGGCCCUGCAGUGGGUACAGCAGAACAUCGCCGCAUUUGGCGGGGACCCCAACCAGGUGACCAUCGGCGGUGAGAGUUCUGGGGGCUGCUCUGCAUCACAUCUGGUGUUAUCGCCUCUCGCUGCAGGCCUCUUCCGCAGCGCCAUAAUCCACAGUGGAGAGGCGGCCAGCCCCUGGGGAAUAAUGCCAGACCCAGCGGCCAAGGCGUUCCGCUUGGCGGAGGUCCUGGGCUUCACGGCGAACAACACUCAGGAGCUGCGAGACUUCCUGUUAACGGUGGACCCACAGGACCUCGUAUCCCACGAUGACGACAUCAUCACACCAGAGGAGGAGAUCCGCAUCCAGCAUCUUGCCUGGCUCCCCGUGCUUGAACAGGACGUGGAAGGCGCCUUCGUUACCGAGUGGCCGGCCGAAAGCCUGAAGGCAGGUCGUUUCAACAAGGUCCCCGUCAUCACGGGCUUCACGUCCGGGGACGGGCUCGAGCUGAUUCAACAGAAGCUGUACCUCUCUGACCCGGCAGCAGUGCAGGAGCUCAGCGACAACUUCGUGCUAGCCGUGUCUCCAAUCCUGCACCUGCCGACGACCGAAGAGCGCGAGGAGGCGGCACUCAAGAUGCGGGACUUUUAUUUUGGUCACGAGAACAUCACCAUCGACGAUGCCCAAGCCAUCACUGAUAUGUGUACCGACAUAUACUGGGGGGAGCCAGCUGAUGCCACCGUGAGGGCGGCAUCCAACCAUACCGACGCUGGGCCUAUCUACUACCACCUGUUCGAUUACCGAGGACCGGAGAUAGGCAACGGCACGUACGGCACACGCCACGCCUCUCAAAGCAGCAUGGUCUUCUACUCGCCUAUUGAUGGCGUGCCGGACCCGAACACAACGUUUGGUCAGUUGAGACUGACCAUGCUACGGCUGUGGAGCAACUUCAUUAAGAACGGAACACCAUCCCCGGAGGGUGAGGAGUUUAUCUGGGAGCCUUUUGAUAACACAAACCUUUACUACGUGCACAUCACAGACACAGUCAAUCUGGAGCAAGCCGUGUUCAAGGAACGCAUGGAAUUCUGGCAACAGAAUAUCCCACUCUGAAGUUUAAGUAAUUGCUGAUAACUGCAAUUGCUGUGCAUGACUACAUUUGCGCACUGUUGUUCACUCUAUGUGUCUAUCCUCACAAUUUAGAUAAUGUACGAGCAUUAUUGAUCUGUUAAUUUGGACUUACGUACUUCAUGAGAAGAAAGAGUCCUGUACUGAUUUCAUACCUCAAAACAGAAUACCUUAUUGAAUAAAGA